AUGAGGGCUGUUUGUGUUAUGCGAGGCGAGCCGGGGGUUAAGGGAGUCGUUCAUUUCUCCCAAGUUGGCGAAACCGUCAAAGUACAUGCUGAAUUCGAGGGGUUGAAGCCUGGAAAGCACGGAUUUCAUGUGCACGAAUUUGGAGACACAACAGAUGGCUGUACAUCUGCCGGUGCUCACUUUAACCCCCACGGCAAAAACCAUGGUGCUCCUGAUGCAGCUGAGCGGCAUGUUGGGGAUCUUGGUAACGUCGUUGCUGGUACCGAUGGUAAGGCAACGCUUGACCUUACGGACAGGGUGAUUUCUCUCAAUGGUGAACACUCGAUUAUUGGAAGAUCCCUUGUGGUCCACGUUGAUCCGGAUGACUUGGGUUUGGGCGGCCAUGAGUUGAGCUUGGUCACCGGCAAUGCUGGGGGUCGCGUCGCCUGUGGCAUAAUCGGAAUCGCUAAAAGUGAUUGAUUUAGCUAUUGCUUAUUUACACCGCCUCUGUCGAUCAGGAACAUUUAUCAGUCCCGAUUUAUAGUCAAAUUUAAUAAAUUUUUCCACUCC